GGUCGCCAUCACGAUUUUCACAAAACCCUCAGCCUGUCUCCAUCCUCCCCAAACCUCCUUUGCCGGGUCCGCCCUUUUCUCCGCCAAUUGAGCAACUCCCAAGCCAGAUCAAGAUGCUCAGCCAAAUCUCCCGGGCCUCUCGCGCUGUUGCUGCUCGCGCCGCCAGAGCAAAUGCCGUCCAGGUGAGGGGCUUCAUUGCCCCGACCGUCUCACGACGAGCCGACUUUGUCCAGGAGCUCUACCUCAAGGAGCUCAAGGCCUACAAGGUCCCCCCCGUCAAGGAGACCGACUCCGAGGGCCAGGUCCAGGUUUUCUCCAUGCCCAAGACCCCUGCCUCUCCCGAGGAGGCCAACCUGGCCGACAGCCUCAAGACCUACGAGUCCAUGGCCGUUGAGAUCGAGGGCCAGGAUGCUUCCGCCCAGUCCGCCACCGGUGUCGCUCAGCUGCCCGACUGGCUCGAGGCCGAGGAAGAGGAGGAACCCCACCACUAAAAAACGAAACGCGCUUUUUUUUGAAUCAAGUCCAUGGAGGGAAUUUCCUGUUGCUAGAAAUACAUGGGAAUAAGAGAGGAGGGAAAAAAGGAGAGGAACUAGAUCGUCAGUGCGUCGAAAGAUUACUUGACGUUCAGCGGUUUUAUGCUAUAAAGGGAGGAGGUUAGAGGAUGAAAGACAAAGAGAAGAGCCAAAGGAGGAGGCAGCAGUUGGGGGCAUACCGGACAAUCCAUAAUUUUCAGGCCAGGCUUGAAUGAUGGCCGGAAACAAAAGGACAUGUCGGCUUGCCGGGGAUGCUUUUGAAUCAUCCCGUUGUACAUUUUUUAUUUCCUUAUCGAUCAGCCUCGUCGUGUAGGACAUUGUUCCGAAUGCCAAUAUCAAUCAAAGAUAUGCAAAAUG